AUGGUGUUGGUGGUGAUGCUGGUGAUGGCGCUGGUGCUGGUGCUGGUGAUGGUGCUGGUGAUGGUGGUGCUAGUGCUAGUGGUGAUUGUGAUAGUGGUGCUGGUGCUGGUGGUGGUGCUGGGGGUGCUAGGGCUGGUGGUGGUGCUGGUGGUGGUGGUGGCAGUAGUGUUUUUGAUGUUUUUCAGCCCGUGUCCUUCCCUUCCUAGCCCUUCCCCAAUCAUCAGAUUUGGAGGCAGGAGGACUCCAGAAAUCUCUCUGGAAGUCUCUGCAGGGGUCUCCCGGGGGGCGGGAUCCCCCCUAACAUUCAGAGAGCGUUCGGAGGGUUUCCAGUUCACCCUACGCCAUGCAGCGUUCCUAGGAGGUAAAUACCAGGGGUCCUCUUAUGCCCAAUUUACAGACACGGAAACUGAGAGGCAGGGCGGAGCUGACUGCACAGGGUCCGGCUUCAUCUUGGGGCUUGGCCGCAGACCCCCUGGGUCACCUCGGACAAGUGACUUUCUUCUCUGGGCCUCAGUUUCCUCAUCUGGACCUGAUGGCUCCAAGGUCCCCGCCUGCUCUAAAGUCCACGACGUCGGGAUUCUGAACCAGGGAUGGGGAGCGGGAGAGGGGCUGGCACCAGGACGGCCCCGCCCGGCACCUCCCCCCGCCCCCCUCUCCGCUCCCGCCCCACCUCCGCCCCCCGGUUACAUAACUGGGCUCUCGGAGCAGCCGAGCUGUCGCGAGAUCAGCAGCCUCGCCCCGCCCCCCUCUUCUCCCUCCACGUCAGAGGGAGCCGGAGGAGCGGCGAACAUGGCGGAGCGCAGGAGGCACAAGAAGCGGAUCCAGGAAGUUGGGGAACCAUCCAAAGAGGAAAAGGCCGUGGCCAAAUAUCUCCGGUUCAACUGUCCCACAAAAUCCACAAACAUGAUGGGUCACCGGGUUGAUUACUUUAUUGCUUCAAAAGCAGUAGAUUGCCUUUUGGACUCCAAAUGGGCAAAGGCCAAGAAAGGAGAAGAAGCUUUGUUUACAACCCGAGAGUCUGUUGUUGACUACUGUAACAGGCUUUUAAAGAAACAGUUCUUUCACCGAGCAUUAAAAGUAAUGAAAGUGAAACUUGACAAAGACACCAAGAAAGAAAAAGAGAAAGAAAAAGGAAAGGUAGAGAGUGGGAAAGAGGAAGAGAAGAGAAGCAAGAAAGAGAAUCCAAAGGAUGAAAAGGCUAAGAAGGAGAGAGAGAAAAAAAGAGAUGGUGAAAAGGAAGAGUCAAAAAAGGAGGAAACACCAGGAACACCCAAAAAGAAAGAAGCCAAGAAAAAAUUCAAACUUGAACCACAUGAAGAUCAAGUGUUCCUGGAUGGAAAUGAGGUGUAUGUGUGGAUCUAUGACCCAGUCCACUUUAAAACGUUUGCCAUGGGACUGAUUCUUGUGAUCGCGGUGAUUGCAGCCACCCUCUUCCCUCUGUGGCCCGCAGAGAUGCGAGUGGGUGUUUAUUACCUCAGUGUAGGAGCCGGCUGCUUUGUGGCCAGCAUUCUGCUGCUUGCUAUUGCUCGCUGCAUACUGUUCCUUAUCAUUUGGCUCAUUACUGGAGGACGGCACCAUUUCUGGUUCCUGCCGAAUCUGACUGCCGACGUGGGCUUCAUUGACUCCUUCAGGCCUCUCUACACACAUGAAUACAAAGGACCAAAAGCAGACUUAAAGAAAGAUGAGAAAUCUGAGGCCAAAAAACAGCAGAAAUCUGACAGUGAGGAAAAAUCAGACAGUGAGAAAAAGGAAGAUGACGAUGGGAAAAUAGGAACUCUGGGGAACAAGGGAGCAGAGGGCUCAGGCGGGGAGCGGCAUUCGGACACCGACAGCGACAGGCGAGAGGACGACCGUUCCCAGCACAGUAGUGGGAAUGGGAAUGAUUUUGAAAUGAUUACAAAAGAGGAACUUGAACAGCAGACAGAUGGAGAUUGUGAGGAAGAGGAAGAAGAAGAGGAAGAGGGAGAUGACGAAGAAGAAGAAACGACUAGGCCUUCAUCUGAAAAAUCAUAGACGUACUUUAUUUGGGGACUGAGUGCGUGCAAGUGGUUGGAUUUUCUAUGUUGGCUGAUCACCAAAAUAUGCCUAUAGUGUUUGGAGUAGUCUUUAAAUCGGUUUGCUGAGAUCUAUUUGAUGUCCAGGCAGUUCUGUUCAGUUUUUUAUUUUAUAGGCUACUAACUUUUUUUUUGGUACAAUCUUAAGUCACUAAUACACAUAUAUAACAAUUUUAUCCAUUUGACAAUAUUCUGGCAGUAAGUAGCUUUUAUUCCUUUUUGAUAGAUGUCAAAGAUGUAGUUUUCUCAGUGGCAUUUAGAAUAAUGGCAUUUUUGAGCGCUGUAGAGCUUCUUACUGUUAGAUGUGGCAGAAGAGAUGAAAGUUAAAGACCAAAAUUUCAGGUGACACAGGUAGCUAUUUAUGAAUUAUUUUAGGAUGAAAUGAACACAUAACUCAUGAUUCUUGAAACUUAAGCUAUAUUUCUUAAUUUUCAUGAAAUUGUACCAGAAAAUUUCUUGAGAAUUCAGAGUUAGCAGUUAUUUGCUUAAGAUAGGCCAGUCAGUAAUGAUGGAACACAUGAUUUUGUUUAGCUCCCAAUUCUGUCCUUUAACUACCAACUUAGGAAAUCCAAACUUGUUUGUACAUCUGGUCGAGAGAGGAAUGGUUUUCUCCAGCAGAGGAAAGGGAACAGCGUAGGUUGGAAAAUGGUGGCUGUUCUUUCCCUUCCCAUCCAUUUCCCCCAUCAUAAUAUGAGAAAGCAUUCUGUACAUAAUUUACAAAUAAAACAAACCUUUUAUUUUAAUUGUUACUUCUUAUUUAGACCUUUUCUCAGCACUUCAAUUUGUACAAAAUUAAGACCAUUUAAAGGUAUGUUUUUAGAGAAAUGCAAGUCCUGAUACCCCACAGAACGUGUGUGUGUGUGUGUGUGUGUGUGUGUGUGUAUGUGUGUGCGCGUGCUCACUAGCACACGGGUGUGGGUGUGGGGAGUAUGGGUGGUGUAUCGAUCUCUCCACAGCAGCUGCAACUCGGUGCCAACAUUCCAUGUGUUUGAGCAGACUUACAGCAGCUGUUUUGCACGCUUUUGUGUUCAUUGAUUUAUCUUAAAUUUCUACAUUCAGAAACUGGAGUACUGUAUUAUCAAAUUAGGAGGCACUGCUGUGAAAGAGAAUUUACUGUUUUAAAGUACCAAUGAAAAUAAAGAACAUAAAAAUGAC